CAUGACCCAGUUUUUUAAGGGUCUACCGUACUAGACUCUCCCAGUAGUCAUUGUCCGAAUUCCAGCAAAAAAUAUGCUUGAAAAUUGAGUUUCAUCAGAGAGACGUUCUAAUUCAUUCAUUUAUCCUAACAAUUCACAAUUGAGAAACACGGUUGCCUUUGUUUUGUUUUGUCUUGCAGAAGCAUAAAGAGAAGUCAAAUGUGAGCCAGCGGCAGUUCUGUUGCCAACUCGAAACCCUAAUUUCGAGUUCCUUGUUCUUUAUCCAACUGAUAAUACUCUUAGUGUACACUUAAGUUGAUUUUUGAAGCAGCUACAGUAUGGUACUCGAGAUUCAAAUUUCUAUUUCAAUUUCUUGAUUACGCAGUUAUAUAUUAGGAGUUAAAGAGAUGGCCUCUGUUUAUAAUUCUGUUGCUUCUUUAACUAAAUCUGUUUCUUCAACAUUUUUACUUCAAAGAAGAUAUAAAUUGCUGAACCCACGAUUCUUUCAGUUGUCAUCUAUAAAAUUCCCGAAGAGUUCCAAUUUUGUAGUUGCCCAACAAAGUAAAAGCAGAAAUCGGGAAUUUAGGGUGUUGAAAUCGGUAGAAUUGGACCAGUAUAUAGCAAGUGAUGAUGAGGAAGAAAUGAGUGAAGGAUUUUUUGAGGCAAUUGAGGAACUAGAGAGAAUGACAAGAGAGCCCUCCGAUGUUCUUGAGGAAAUGAAUGAUAAGCUCUCAGCCAGAGAGUUACAAUUAGUUCUUGUAUACUUCUCUCAAGAGGGUAGAGACUCCUGGUGUGCACUUGAGGUUUUCGAGUGGCUAAGAAAGGAAAAUCGAGUGGACAAGGAGACGAUGGAACUUAUGGUUUCCAUAAUGUGUAGUUGGAUAAAGAAGUUGAUUGAAGGAGAACAUGAGAUUGGAGAUGUGGUUGACUUACUAGUGGACAUGGAUUGUGUCGGGUUGAAGCCAAGUUUUAGCAUGAUUGAGAAAGUGAUAUCUUUGUAUUGGGAGAUCGGAGAGAAGGAGAAAUCUGUUUCAUUUGUGAAAGAGGUUCUGAGACGUGAGGUUGCCUAUUUUGAGGAUGAUGGAGAAGGACAGAAGGGAGGUCCUACAGGUUAUCUUGCAUGGAAGAUGAUGGUUGAUGGAAAUUAUAGGGAUGCAGUCAAAUUAGUUAUCCAUUUCAGAGAAUCAGGGUUGAAGCCAGAGGUCUACUCCUACCUCAUUGCAAUGACAGCUGUUGUGAAAGAGCUAAAUGAAUUUGCAAAAGCUUUACGCAAGUUGAAAGGUUUUGCAAAGUCUGGUCUGAUAGCUGAACUUGAUGCUGAAAACACUAGGCUUAUUGAGAAAUACCAGUCAGAUCUUAUAGCUGAUGGAGUAUGUUUGUCCAGUUGGGUAAUUCAGGAAGGCAGCCCUUCACUUUAUGGCGUAGUUCAUGAGCGGCUUCUUGCUAUGUAUAUUUGUGCUGGUCGUGGACUUGAUGCUGAAAGACAGUUGUGGGAAAUGAAGCUGGUGGGUAAGCAUGCUGAUGGAGACCUUUAUGAUAUUGUUUUAGCCAUAUGUGCAUCUCAAAAGGAGGCUAGCGCUGUAUCACGAUUACUUACCAGAGUAGAAGUUACGAGCUCUCUUCAGAAGAAAAAGACAUUAUCGUGGUUGUUGAGAGGUUAUCUUAAAGGAGGACAAUAUGAUGAGGCUGCAGAAGCACUAGUUAAAAUGCUUGAUAUGGGUUUAUGUCCAGACUAUUUAGAUAGGGUGGCUGUCCUGCAGGGACUGAGAAAAAGAAUCCAACAAUGGGGAAAUGUGGAAUCUUAUCUUAAUCUUUGCAAGCGCCUUUCUGAUGAAAACUUGAUUGGACCUUCUCUUGUAUAUCUGUAUAUAAAGAAGUAUAAACUGUGGAUCAUGAAAAUGCUUUGAGGAACUCCUACAAUCCAAUGAAGUAUCAGGAAGUUGAACAGAUUUGUCUCUGAAGCAAGGUCCCAUCAAUCAAGAACAUAUGGUAUGACCACUUAUUUCUUGUAGCUUUGAAAUGUAAAUCUUGUAUAUACUGGAGUGGCUUCAAAAGAAAGCAACAAGGUUCUGUACUUCGCUGAUGCAAAUGGAAUAGGCAUACAUGCCAAGUCCUUUGUUCUUGAAGCCAUUUAAAUACUUUGUAUAGAUUGUGGGUGUUGAACAUAAUAGACUUUCUUCUGUGCCUUUAUAACUAAUAAGUUGCAUUAUAUGUCCUA